CGUUGAAAAGUCUUGUUAACCAAGAAGAGUCAAACUGGGGUGGCAGUCAGAUUUCAGCUUCUAACUCAAUCAAAGAAGUUGGUUUUUGGGUUGGUUCCAUUCCAUUGGUUUUCUUUGUGUGAGAAGUUUUGGGCUGAAUCUGGUUUUUGAGGAUCAUUAAAGUGAAUCAUAUAAGUUUGUAAGCUUUCUGUAUAUUGGAGAAAUGGCUGGGGGAAGAAGGAGGAAGCACCACUUUGGCAGAAUCCAUGCAUUCUCGUGUGGGAAAGCUUCCAUGAAAGAUGAACAUUCACUUAUAGGAGGCCCUGGAUUCUCAAGGAAAGUCUAUUGCAAUGACCCAGAACGUGCUAUGACGAGUCUUCUGAAUUAUGGUGACAAUUAUGUCAGAACUACUAAGUAUACAUGGGCCACGUUCCUCCCCAAGUCCUUGUUUGAGCAAUUCAGGAGGGUUGCCAAUUUUUACUUCCUAGUGGUUGGAGUUUUGUCUUUCCUUCCGGUCUCUCCUUACUCAGCUGUCAGCAAUGUUUUUCCUCUAGUGGUUGUUAUUGCUGCUACUAUGGCCAAAGAGUUCAUUGAGGAUUUUAGGCGCAAAAAACAGGAUAUAGAGAUGAAUAACAGAAAAGUUAAAGUACAUCGUGGAGGUGGUGUUUUUGACAAUUCUAAAUGGAGGGAUUUGAAAGUUGGAGACAUAGUGAAGGUGGAAAAAGAUGAAUUUUUUCCUGCUGAUCUCAUCUUACUUUCAUCAAACUAUGACGAUGCUAUUUGCUAUGUUGAGACCAUGAACCUUGAUGGAGAAACAAAUCUUAAACUAAAACAAGCGCUGGAAGGAACUUCAAAGUUGCAAGAAGACUCAAGCUUUCAAAAUUUCAAGGCUGUUAUUAUAUGUGAAGAUCCAAAUGCAAAUUUGUACACCUUUAAAGGAAGUCUUGAGCUUGAGGAUCAACAGUAUCCUCUUGCACCUCAGCAGCUACUGCUUAGGGACUCUAAGCUGAGGAACACAGAUUUUAUCUAUGGUGUGGUAAUCUUUACUGGUCAUGAUACAAAGGUUAUGCAGAAUUCAACAGAUCCUCCAUCCAAGAGAAGCAAAAUUGAGAAACGAAUGGAUAAGAUUAUCUACUGUCUGUUCUUUGUCCUUAUUUUGAUUUCUUUCAUUGGGUCCAUAUUAUUUGGAAUUUCAACAAAGAAGGACAUUAAAAAUGGAAGAAUGAAGAGAUGGUACCUUAGACCUGAUGAUACCACAAUUUACUAUGACCCAAAUAAAGCAGCAGUUGCAGCAAUCCUGCAUUUCUUGACGGCACUUAUGUUGUAUGGUUACUUGAUUCCAAUUUCCUUGUAUGUCUCCAUUGAAAUUGUGAAAGUUCUUCAAAGCAUUUUCAUCAACCAGGAUGUGCAAAUGUAUUAUGAGGAAACUGACAAGCCAGCACGUGCUCGUACAUCAAAUUUGAAUGAAGAACUUGGCCAAGUUGAUACCAUACUUUCAGAUAAAACAGGAACUUUGACUUGCAAUUCUAUGGAAUUUAUCAAAUGUUCUAUUGCUGGGACUGCUUAUGGACGAGGAGUUACAGAAGUUGAGAGAGCUCUAUCUGGGAGAAAAGUUGAAUUCAACAAAGCAAAGUUUGUUCAACCAAAGUCAUCCAUUAAAGGGUUUAACUUUAUGGACGAAAGGAUCAUGAACGGAAAUUGGGUCAGACAACCCAAUGCCAAUGUAAUCCAAAACUCCCUAAGGUUGCUGGCUGUAUGCCAUACUGCAGUGCCUGAAGUUGAUGAGGAAACUGGUAAGGUUUCAUAUGAAGCUGAAUCACCAGAUGAGGCAGCUUUUGUGAUUGCAGCCAGAGAACUUGGGUUUGAAUUUUAUGAACGGACACAUACAACUAUUUCACUGCAUGAAUUAGACCCCAGAACAGGCAACAAAACCAAAAGGUCCUACAAACUUUUAAAUAUAUUAGAGUUUAGUAGUGCAAGAAAGAGGAUGUCUGUAAUUGUAAGAGAUGAGGAGGGGAAACUACUACUACUAAGCAAAGGCGCUGACAGUGUCAUGUUUGAACGAGUUGCAAAGAAUGGAAGGGAGUUUGAAGAGAAGACUAAGCAGCACAUUAGUGAAUAUGCUGAUUCUGGUCUGAGGACCUUGAUACUUGCAUAUCGUGAACUUCAGGAGGAAGAGUACAAUAAAUUUAAUAAAGAGUUAACAGAGGCCAAGAACUUAGUGAGUGCAGACCAGGAGCAGAUUGUAGAGGAAAUACUAGAAAAUAUUGAGAAGGAUUUAAUUCUUCUAGGUGCUACUGCCGUUGAAGACAAACUACAAGAUGGGGUUCCUGAAUGCAUUGACAAGCUAGCACAGGCUGGGAUCAAGCUAUGGGUUUUGACUGGGGAUAAAAUGGAGACAGCAAUUAAUAUUGGAUUUGCUUGUAGUUUACUCAGACAGGGAAUGAAACAAAUUAUAAUUAACUCGGAUACUCCAGAAAAUAAAUCACUAGAGAAAAUGGAGGACAAGUCUGCUGCGGAAGCGGCAAUUAAGGCUAGUGUUCUUCGUCAAAUAAGGGAGGCAAAGGCUUUACUUUCUACAUCAGAUGAAAACUUUGAGGCGUUAGCUCUGAUCAUUGAUGGGAAGUCUCUUACUUAUGCACUAGAAGAUGAUGUAAAGGACUUGUUUCUUGAACUUGCCAUUGGCUGUGCAUCUGUUAUAUGCUGUCGUUCAUCUCCCAAGCAGAAGGCACUUGUUACAAGACUGGUUAAGUCAAGAACUGGUAGUACAACUCUAGCUAUUGGAGAUGGGGCAAAUGAUGUUGGAAUGCUCCAAGAAGCAGACAUUGGGAUUGGUAUCAGUGGUGUCGAAGGAAUGCAGGCAGUUAUGUCGAGUGAUAUCGCAAUUGCCCAAUUUCGGUUUCUAGAGCGCUUACUUCUUGUGCAUGGACAUUGGUGUUACAGAAGGAUCUCUUCAAUGAUCUGCUACUUCUUUUACAAGAAUAUUGCCUUCGGCUUCACUCUAUUCUUCUUUGAGAUGUAUGCCUCAUUCUCAGGGCAACCUGCAUACAAUGAUUGGUUCAUGUCUUUAUAUAAUGUAUUCUUCACUUCGCUUCCUGUAAUUGCUUUGGGAGUGUUUGACCAGGAUGUCUCUUCUAAAUUAUGUCUCAAGUUUCCAUUAUUAUAUCAAGAAGGUGUGCAAAAUAUCCUAUUUAGCUGGAAAAGAAUCCUUGGUUGGGCGUUCAAUGGGGUUUUGACUUCUGCCAUUAUAUUCUUCUUUUGCAUUCGUGCUAUGGAGCAUCAAGCAUUUCGUGAAGGUGGGCAAGCUGUUGAGUUGGAAGUUUUUGGUGCUACCAUGUACACUUGUGUUGUGUGGGUGGUGAAUUGUCAAAUGGCAUUAUCUAUAAGUUACUUCACUUAUAUACAACAUAUAUUCAUAUGGGGAAGCAUUCUAUUCUGGUAUAUAUUCCUCCUAGCAUAUGGAGCCAUGAGCUCCAGCUUCUCAACAACUGCAUAUAAGGUCUUCAUUGAAGCUUGUGCACCAGCCCCAUCUUACUGGUUCAUCACUUUGCUUGUUCUUAUUGCUUCCCUCCUUCCAUAUUUCACCUAUGCUUCCAUCCAAAUGCGUUUCUUCCCUAUGUAUCAUCAGAUGAUACAGUGGAUAAGAAACGAGGGGAGCACAAGUGAUCCAGAAUACUGCAAUGUGGUAAGGCAAAGAUCAAUAAGACACACAACAGUUGGAUUCACAGCUCGUUUGGAAGCAUCCAAACGUUUCGAGGCAUCCAAAAGAUUUGAAGCAUCCAAACGUUCUGAAGCAUCCGUAGCUUUUGAUGGGAUAUCUAGGAACCGAUAACCAGAAAGGUUUUUUUGAUUUUGUGUUCUUUUCCCCUAUUGGAUGUAAAAUUCAUUUGUCAAAACAUAGGUUCUAAUUUUUUCAUAGGUUACAACCUUCUUCUGUUUGUACAUACUAAUGAUAAAAUCUGGCUGCUUCAAGAUCAGAGAGAAGGUUAUGGUCAACAAUGUAUGUUACUAUAUGAUUCAUUGUAGGAUAGAAGAAUAAUCUGUUUAUUUUGAUUCAUUCUUUCAUGGUACAAGUCUAGUGGCAUUUGAUCCUAGCUUGUCUUUGUGAGAACUUUGCUAGUUAAAAAUCAAUAAUUCC